AUGGGGGCCAUGAGGGCGGCGGGGGCGGCGGCGGCGGCGGCGGCGACCGCGGUGGCGCUGGCGGUGGCGGCCUGGCGGCGAGCCCGGCCCGUGCGGGAGGUGCUGUUCUUCCCCUCGCGGCCCUGCUGCAUCGAGGCGCUCCUGGCCGAGGCUGCCGAGCCCGGAGCGCCCGCCCGGCCCUGCCCGUGCCCGCUGCCGAGCGGCGACACCGCCCUGAGCCGCCUGGUGCGCCGCCUCCUCUCCGCCCGCCGCUCGCUCGAUCUCUGCCUCUUCUCCUUCUCCUGCCCGCAGCUCGCCCGUGCCGUGCAGCUCCUGCACCGCCGCGGGGUCCGCGUCCGCCUGGUGACGGACGCGCAGUACAUGGGGCUGCACGGUUCGCAGAUCGGCCGCCUGCGCCACGCGGGGAUCCAGGUGCGCCACGAUCAGCACAGCGGGUACAUGCACCACAAGUUCGCCAUCGUGGACCGGAGGAUGCUCAUCACAGGCUCCCUCAACUGGACCACCCAGGCCAUCCAGAGCAACCGGGAGAACGUGCUGGUCGUGGAGGACGCCGAGUAUGUGAAGGCUUUUCAGGAUGAGUUUGAAAGGAUUUGGGAAGAGUACAAUCCUGCCAAUUACAGUUUUUCUUCCGAAAGGCAGUAAAUGAUUGAGCUGCCUCUCAGGGCUAGUGGAGCGUGGUUACACCCGCAGACAUCCUUGUUUUGUCCGUCUGGGUGUGACAUCGGUAAACGUCUCCAGAGAAGUGUUCUCUGCCCUAAAGUGCCCCAGAUCCUUUACUGUGGGUCAUUCCCGUGCUAGGGGGAAUGACACAACUGUUCUGUUGUGAGGGUGACAGUGACAGAUUUGCAUUCAGAGGCAUUAAGACUUUGUCCAGGCUCGCUGCUGUGCCCUGGUGCCCACCAGGUGUGUUCAUACAGGGCUGAGCAUGUGUUUCAGUGGUAAAAGGAACGAUUUCCAACUCGGGAUAUGGAACGGAGUUGUAGCCAAUUCCAAAUGGAAUUGCAACCAUUUGCAAGGGCUCCUCUACACCGAUAACUAAAGGAGAGAUAAGAGGGCUGCAGCGGAGUUAAGAGUUUCUGGAGAUUAAGUGCUUCAGUUACAUUUCUUGUUGGCAUUAAUUGUUGGAAGUUGGUAAAAGGAAAUUCGUGGGAAACAGCAAAAAUUUUUAAGUUUUGAUUGUGUUGAUGUUUCUUUUGGUUAAAGGUUAGCAGAGCUCUGGUGUAAAAGCAUGAGCACAGAUGGUAAUGACAGCUUCUCUUCCAGCAAGGAAGUGUAGGGAAAUCUGGAGGGAAGUGAGAGAAAUGGUUCUUUGGGAUCAGUGUUUAUCUGGAGAGCAGACAUGGCUGGAAUUGGGUCACCCACUUUAAGUUCAUCUGGUUCCUUCAGGUGUUGGGACACUGUGUCGUGGUCUGUGCCCUCGCCUGGCAGCACCAGCCUGGGGACAGCAAGGGGAGGGAGAGGACACCUCUGUCCCUGCAGCUCAGUGUGGAACAAAGAUGAUGUAAACCCAAGAAUUACAAACUCUUAUAUAGCGUCUAUGUAAGAAUUGUUUUAUACUGAAUAGAAAGUGCCUUAAUAUCUCUCAAAAUGAAAAGAGGCUUUGAUAUUCCCUUACCAGUUUUGUU